AUGCAGCGACCAAUUCAUGAUCCGCAAGUAGAUGUCUUACCACAGAGUCUGUUGCUACCUCUUAUUAUCAGUCAGCUUAAACACUAUGGAUACAAUGGUGCUGCAAAAUACGUGGCUGAUAUAGCUGAGCUUCCACUCUCAUUUGAACCAUCUGCAAAAUUGGCCGAACUGAGUUUUAUUGGUCAGCGAACAAAAGAUGCUUUAGGGGAAUCUUCUGAUCUACAAGUACCAACAACCGACGUAACCAUAUCUGCCUCUGAAAACGCAACGGAUGCCAUUGGGUCUUUGGAUAUGGACUCGAAUACUAAGCCUACUGGACCAAAUCCUACUCCUGACUAUACCACUUUGUUUACAACUACGCAUAGACUCGGAUGCCGUGCACUUGCCUUUUCUCCUGAUGGAAGAUACAUUGCCACUGGCUCUCAAGACACUACAAUGAAGAUUCUUGAUACUCAACGCCUUGUAAUGCAGCAGAACGAAUCUUCUGAAGAACGAAAGGUCGUCCGAACUCUGUACGAUCAUACCGGUGCAGUGAAUGAUAUUCAGUUUCACCCAAACGGAAACGUACUGGCAUCCGGAUCUGAUGACUGCCAAAUCAAACUGUUUGAUAUGAACAAGAUGCAUGUUAAACGCGCUUUUCGCUACUUACCGGAUGCAUAUCCUAUUCGAUCCAUUGGGUUCCAUCCAAGUGGCGAUUAUUUGAUCUCUGGAACAGACCAUCAUGCUGUGCGGAUCUAUGACAUUCAUACAAUGAAAUGCUUUAUUCCUUCUAAUCCUGCAGACAAUCAUAAUGGUGGGAUUCUUAAAGUUGCGUAUUCUCCAUUGGGCACAAUUUUUGCCACAAGCAGUCAAGACGGCUCGAUAAAACUGUAUGACACUGUGUCCAGUCGCUGUAUCAACACUAUUCCAAAUGCACACAGCGGUCUUCCAGCAACUAGCAUUGUGUUUUCCAAAAACAGCAAGUACUUGUUGUCUACUGGAAUGGACUCUGUUGGACGGCUAUGGGACAUGACUUCUGGCAAGGUUCUUGUAAGCUAUCAAGGAACCUCUCAUCAGACGGACAAGACUAGCAUGAUUUUCAAUUAUAAUGAAGAUUAUGUAGUGGGCUCAGAUGAUGAGACUAGCAGUCUUUCUAUAUGGGACUCGCGAACGGGUGUUUUACUGCUUAAACUAGGAGGACAUACCAAGCAGAUUUUAGCAAUUGCAUCUAGUCCCGUCGACGCAGGGAUCAUGACUGGAAGUAAUGAUUUUAGAGCCAGAUACUGGAAUUUGAAAAGUGCAAUACAAGGAUGAGCUGGCUGAUACUACAGAUGAUAAAACUGCAAUGAAAUGACAUUAAUCAACGUAUCUUUU